GUUGGUUCCCGUAGUCCCCGCUGCCGCUGCCGUUGGCCGCCGGCGCUGCCGGAAGCGCUGCCGGAAGCCGGCGGUGCGCGCGGAUCCGGGCCCGCCGCCGCUGCCAGCGGGGCCGUGGGGCGGCACCGGGCCGGGCCGCGCCGACAGCGCCGCGGCGAUGCCGCUGCUCGAGCCGCCGUGGCCGCCCGGCCUGGCCCCGCUGAAGGCCGUGGAUGACUUGCUGCGCUGCGGGAUUUGCUUCGACUACUUCAGCAUCGCCGUGAUCAUCCCGCAGUGCUCGCACAGCUACUGUUCCCUUUGUAUCCGCAAGUCUUUGUCCUACAAAACGCAGUGUCCAACAUGCUGUGUGGCAGUCUCAGAAUCUGACCUGAAAAACAACCGGAUUUUAGAUGAUCUAGUGAAGAGCUUUAAUUCUGCAAGGCAGCAGCUGUUGCAGUUGGUGUUGGAAGCUCCCCCGGUUCCGUCCCCACCGGCCCACAGCCAGCGUCCGGCUGCCGAGAGCCACUGGAGUCCUGAUUCUCAGCCAGAGUCCAAAGAGGUGCCAGGGAUUGAGAGCUCCUUGAGAAAGGACAAAGUCUGCACCUCCACGAAGGCAGGUGGCCUGGCAUGGACUGCUCAGAAGAGUUUCAAAACUGAGGAGCACCAUGAACACAGCACUUCUGCAGAGCUUGGUGGUAAAGACAGCAAAGUGAGGUCACAAGAGAUUCCUGGGUGCACCGAAAGUCAUGAAAGGCCUUCUACAUCUGUGCUCAAAGGAGACAAGAAAGUGGAAUGUCCUGUUUGUGAGGUUGCUAUUCUAGAGCAGUAUAUAAACAAACAUCUGGAUAGCUGCUUGACCAGGGAGGAGAAGAAGGACAGCCUCCGAAGUUCUGAUCACAAAAGGAAGCUGAUGUCCAAAGUUGUUUAUAACCUGCUGUCGGAUCGAGAUCUGAGGAAAAAGCUCAAGGAGCAGGGUCUGUCUGCCUCUGGGACCCGCCAGCAGCUCAUUAAGAGACACCAGGAGUUUGUGCACAUGUACAAUGCUCAGUGUGAUUCCCUGAACCCCAAAUCAGUUGCAGAGAUUGUUAAAGAGCUGGAAAAGAACGAGAAGAUUCGGGUUCAGCUUGAGUGUAAUAAACCUGGUGAAAAUAGCCUGACCUUCACAAAGGACCAGACGGAGGAAGAAAUAGAUGAGAUCCACGCUGAAUAUCGAAACAAACACAGAAGUGAAUUCAAGUUCUUGGUGGAUCAAGUAAAUAAACGAUGGAAGAAAAUAGGUGAGAGGAAAGCAGAAAGUGCUCAAAACAAAGAGGAGGUUGCUGCCAAAGAGCUGCCAGCAGCCACAGAACCUGCAGAAGAGGAUCACACAGCUGUUGUCCCUGGAAAAGCCCAAGCACUCCAACCAGAAAUUCCUGAUGGCCAAAGAAGUGACUCUCAUAGCUUGAAGGAAUGGCAGAGAUCAGCCUCCCCUGAGUUCUCCCUGUCCUCUGGCUCAACGUGCAGCACCAAUUCGGACAUUCUGGCAGAUAUGGAAGAGUCUGAGACGUGUUCAGCGUCCUCUGACAGCAGCAGCUCCGUGGCUCUGGCAGGGAGCAAGAGGAAGCUGGGGCGGCCGCGGAUCCCCGAGAGCAGCGGGGCGACGCCGCUGGGCAAGCGGAAGAGGAGCUAGUGCUGCAGGAGUGCCAGCUCAGCCUGGGAAACACCUCCUGCCUUCCCAUCCUCUGAGUGUCUGCGUACCGAGUAAAAUGCUCUAUUUUCACA